CAUUUGCGACGCAUGCGCGCCGUUUCGCUUUGCGCUGGCCGUGCGGCGGCGUGUUUAGAGCGCGGCGGGGCGGCAGGGGCCGGGACGGUGGAGCGUGCCGUGCCGUGCCGUGCCGUGCCGUGCCGUGCCGUGCCGUGCCGUGCCGUGCCGUGCCAUGGCCCCCGUGCUGAACCUCAACAACGAGGUUGUGAAGAUGAGAAAAGAUGUGAAGAAGGCCAGAGUCCUGACUAUUCGUAAACUAACGAGACACAUCAGGAAAUUAAAGUUGAAAAAGGGUUCCGAAGACUUGAAAUUAAAGAACCAAAAGCGAGUUGAUAGAUUAAUAGAAGAAAUCCAUGCCAUGAAGAUCUCUUCUUUCCAACUUUACCUCUCACCUUGGGCAAAUGAGAUAGCAGGUUUGUCUUGCUCAAGUUUCAAGAUCUCUGGGAAAGGACAAAAAGAAAUAAAGCCAGAUGAAGUUACCAGACUUGCUCUUAGGACAGAAGUUGAUUUUGAAAGUGUCUGCAGAAAGCCAAACUGUACUGCAACAGAGCGAGCCAUUGCAAGACUUGCAACACACCCCACCUUGAAACCCAGAUUUGUUGAACUUAAAGCUGCUGUAAAAGCUUUUAAGGAUGCAAGAAAGGACCCAGACAAAGCCACUCCUUUGAAAAAGACUAUGUCAGAAGAAGAGCCUAAAUCAGCGCAACAUUUCAAUAGCAAUUUGGAUGAGCAGGCUCUUAAACUAGCUCAAAAACAGCAAAGGUGUGAACACAAAAUGAAAAAUAGUAUGAAGAUAGAAACUGAUGGGGUGGCUGAAGAACCUUGUGAGAGUGAAUCUGAACAGAAAAUUGUAAAAAUGGAGAGAGCAUAUGUUCCAGAAGAAUCUUCAUUUCAGGCGGUAGAAACGCAAGCAGUCGGCCAGAAUAAAGCAGGAAGGAAAUUUGGCUAUCAAACAAGGAAAGAAAAUACAAGCUCGAACAAAUUAAAUGCAAUAAAAAUUAAUGAUGAUAGAGACCAGGAACAUCCUAAUGAAGAGGAAUACUUUGAUGAUAGUACUGAAGAGAGGUUUUAUAACCAGUCAUCAGAUUCUGACAGUGACAGCAAUGACGAUUUCUUCAUUGGCAAAGUAAAAAGAAAGAAAAAGAUAGCAGCAGUUUCUGAUCUUCCCUCAGCAAAAGCAGAGGAUAGACUUCAGAAGAACACAGUGAAGAAAGAAAACAACACAGCGCCUAGGGCAGAGCAAGAUUUGAUCGUGGAAGAAGGAAAGGCACAUGCAAAAGCAAGCAAGCUAGAAUCAGUGUUCUGCAGUUCUUUGUCUGCCUCUAAUCAGAAAUCUCAAAAGAGAAGAAAUACGAAAGACCAGCCUUACAAAAAUGGAAGAACAGCUCUUUAUAAAAAGGAACCACAGCUCAAGAAGCAACUGUUUGCAAAAGCUGCAGGUAUUAAAUGCGACAAUAAGAAAGCGUUUUUGGAGCAGCCUCUUCAUCCAUCGUGGGAAGCAAGCAAGAGACGCAGGGAACAAGUGUCUCAAAUUACAGCAUUCCAAGGGAAAAAGGUUAAAUUUGAUGACUAAACAAUAUGUAAAUUGAGAUUUUAAAAGAAGAUUCUUGCAGAUUUGCAACCCAUGGUAUUUUCUUAAAAAAUAACAACUGCUGUUUGAACACUUUUGUUACACUGUCCUUAUCCUUUGCAACCUAUAAAACAGCAGCUGCUAGAACUUAUCAUCUGUUAAUAAUGAAGAUUGCUUCAUUUAUUCAGUGGACUAUCUGUUGAUUAAUGUGUGGUCAUUUGGUGCUGGUUCAUAAGUCCCAUUACAUAGUGCCACCAUUUAUGAAGUACACCCUAACAUGAAUGAAUGGUUUUUAGGAACAUCAUUUAUGCCCUGUAGGAAUAGUACAGUUUCUCUGGAGCUUUUUCUUAGUGUAAAAAUGUACUUUGAACUAUAGGAGGACUUGGAUGUCAAGAGAGGGGGAAAAUACAAAAUAUUUAGGUGAUUAUCUUAGGACUCUAUUGUCAAGUACAUCUCCACUGGUGCAGUUGAAAGUAAGAGAUUCUUAAACAGACUUUACAAAUCAUGAAUGUGUCAGGUAUCUGGAAAAGCUGAUCAGUGGUAUGCAUGAUGUGAAAAUUUCUGGAGAGCAAUAAAAUAUUGGCCUCUUAAAUUGUCAUCUCUGUCCUUUGAUUAUAUUGAUGAUUUGAAGAACUGAAAGAGUGUCUUUAGUAUUGUUGUCCUGAUGGAUGUAUCUGAAUGCUCUAGCAUGUCUGUCUCCUAGUUUCUGAAAGAAUGAUAAAAAACUGAAAGGUCUUUGUACACUAAGAAACAUUUUGCUUUUUGUACACUAAGAAACAUUUCACUUUUAAGUGCCAUUCUGAGUUUAGGAGUUCUUUUGAUUGGGAUAUGAGGUAAAAUCUUCAUUGUAUUUUUCUUCAGGGGCUUUUCCUACCACGGAAUUGAAACAAGUUCUGAACUGGUAAUUAAUCUUUAACAGUGUUGUUUAUUUACAUAAUCUUCCAUCUUUCAUAAACUUCUAUCUUUCAUAAAUUAAUUCAGAAACUUGGUAGUUUGCAGUGGGUGUAAAGAUAAUAUGCUGUAGAAUUCAUGCAGCACUCUGUAAUGCCUAAGAACAGUCCUGCAUCAGACCACGGUCUGUUUAACCUAAUAGCUUCAACAGUCAAAAAGGGAUGCUUUAAGCCUGGGGAUAGAGGAAGUACACAGUAUGUCAUCCAACAUCCAACUCAUCGAGCUUACAGCUUUGUAGCUGUUCAGGGACAUCUUGUCAUAUUGUAGCUUAUUGUGUUUUUUAAUCGUCAUUGAAUUUCUUUUCUGCAGAUUUGUCUGCUCUUAAAUCCAUGUAAACGUAUGGAAUCUAUAAUCCCUUAAGGUGUAGAAGUCCUUCGAAAAACAGUGUUUUUCACUGUCUCGGCAAAGAAGACCAGCAGCCUCCUGGACUGCAGUAGAAAGAGUGUGGCCAGCAGGACAGUGGAGGUGAUCUUUGCCCUGUACUCAGCACUGGUGAGACCACAUCUGAAGUGCUGGGUCCAAUUCUGAGCUCCCCAGUAUACAAGGGACAAGGAAAGACUGGAACAAGUCCAGCAAAGGGUGACCAAGAUGAUUAAGGCCUUGAAGUAUAUGACAUAUGAAUAGAGGCUGAGAGGGCUGGGACUGUUCAGAAGAGAGGCCUUGGGGGCGAUCUUGUCAAUGUGUAUAAAUACGGGGGCAGGGAGCAGUGUGAAUAAAAUAAAGCCAGACUCUUCUAAGUGCAAUUGAGUGGCAGGACAAGAGGCAGUGGUCACAAAUUGAAAUGUAAGAAAUUCCGCUUACACAAGAAAAACUCACUGUGAGGGCAGCACAGCACUGGCACAGUUGCCCAGAAAGAUUGUGGUGUCUCCAUCCUUGGAGAUACUUGGAACCUGACUGGACUCAGUCCUGGGUAACUGUCUUGAGGUCACCUUGCUUGGACAGUGGGUUUAGGCUAAAUGAUAUCCAGAGGUCUCUUCCUACCUCAUCUACUCUAUGUGGUUUUGUAGGAUUAGGACCGAGUCAAGCAAUGACUCCCUAACCAUCAGUGGCUCCAUAGGGGAGUUAUUGGAUGUGUCUAAAACAUGUAGUCACUAUGUAAUAGCCCAGUGUAUUUCACUUGGGUUGGUAUAAGAGUCAAAUGGCCAAACCAACUUUAGUUGUUUUAAUGUAAAGUAUUACUCUGUUGCUGGUAUGGCCACCACUAUCUCUCCCCCUUGCAGACUUUGUAUAUUUAUAGCCUAGCAAUUUCUGCCCAUUCUCCCAUUCUGUGUUAAAUACUUGAAGGCUUAGCAUUCUGGUUGGUCCACUUUGUAUUAUUACCUCGGCAUGUCUUUGCCCCACUCGCUUAGGCUUUCUUUCCUGCAUCCUAAAUAGAUGUCAGUAUAUGUGUUAUUAUCUUUCUGAAUGGCAUUGCUGCUCAGAGGAAUUGGAAAUUCAAAUAACCUUCCAUUUCCCAAUGGUUUUUGUUGGUUUUAUUUUCACUCUACCAUAUGGAACAAGAUAUAAGGCCAGAAGCUUCAAAAUAAAACAUGGAAACAUGUUUACUGUGGUUUUGUAGGGAAGGAUCAUAUUCUGUAGAAAAAGCUGUGCAUUUACCUGCUAUAUACUCUCUAAGUUUUCCAGAUGCUAAUUCUUAUGGCUUUCAAUAAAUAUUUACUUAUCUACGCCAAACAAA